AUUGCCGGCCAUCGAGAGUUGGAUUCCAUGCAGUCCACGGAACCGCCGGGAUGCGCGACGAUGCGCUCAAACGAAAGCAAGAGGAAUGUUUGGUCAACCGCGAAUGAAGAGGAGAAGAAACUGGUGCCUGGUCGCGCAAAAGUCAAUUGCGCAAAAGUCUCUUUCGUUCCCGCGUCCGGAUUGGGGUUAGCGUAUUCGCCCCUCGAACAUCUUGCACGUGCCACCCUCGACAAUACAUGCCCCUGCAGGCUUAUCCAUUUUUAUAGUGUGCACCCAGCUCACUCUUUACGCACCGAGCAAUGCGAUAGGUCACUGUCUUUGACCGGCCAGUGGCCUCUUAUGUGGCCGCCUAGAUCAUGCAUAAGCGUGCAGUGGCGUACCGGUGGACCAUCGCCUUCUACCUUGACGUCCAUCAGACUACUGUCCAUAGUAUUAUAA